AUGGAGAAGGAGGUAGUAACUGAUCCUCUACCGCAGGAGAUCCCAAGCGACGCACCCGAUGAAGGGGGGGUCGCUAUCUCGCCCCGCGGCGAAUACUUGGAUGGUCGUCUCUCUCACCAUUGCCCUUUGCCUAGGUGUCUUUUGCAUGUCAUUGACUCGGUUCGAGGGGAAGAUCGUCUCGUCCAGUUUCAGCACCUCGACUACCAGCUGGAUAUGGUUCGAUCUCAGUUGAAUUUGCUGAAAUCGGAUUCUAUCGAGGAAAUCUAUCCCUGCUCUGAUGCUCACAGUGGAGUGUUGGAGCUCUAUACGUCUAAUUACACAGUGCAGUUUUCGAAAUUUGUGCUACGGGAUCAGUCACUCCGAUGCAGCAAGAAUGCCCUUUCGGAACUGAAAAGCCUUGAAUCAGUCAAAUCCUGGGGCCUGUCGCCACCACACCGGCUAAUCAUCGGUCAGGGCCAUUCCGGGGCGAUCUUCAUAAGGCUGGAAACCGGCUGCGCCCUGAUUGACGCCUUUUCCAUGACCAUCCUACUAGAGGAGCUUUCUCUCCUGCUCCAAGGUGAGCCUUUGCCAGAGCAAGGGAUCUCGUAUCGUGAAUAUCUGUCUCAUCUGCGCAGCCAGUCAUCUUCAGAAACAUUGAAAUACUGGACACAGGCGCUUUACGGAGUUUACCCUUCCCACCUUCCCAGAGUCCCUGCCACGCAGUCACCUCUGCCUCAAUCUCGCUCACAGAGCCGCUGUCUGCCAUUUGCACAAUUAAAGCGUCUAGAUUCCUUCUGGCGCUUCAAUAAUCUCACCAUCACCAACGUUUUCCAGCUAGCAUGGGCCUUAACCCUCGCUCACUAUACCAAUUCCCGCGAUGUGUGCUUCGGAACCAUCACAUCGGGCCGUGAUCCCCCUACCUUGAAGUACGCCCUGCAACAGAACCAGGAGGAUAUUCAGCGUCGAAAUGACCACCAAUACUGUUCCAUACCAGGCACGAUCCGCAAAUCUGGAAUAAGGAGCAUGGACAACGACCAGCAGCUGUUUAAUACAAUCUUGGCAGUUCAGAACCCAUUCUCAACACAAUCAUCCACUGCAAAAGAUGGGAGCAACGAGAUCGAUAUCGAACUCAUCGAUUUGGAGGAUGCAACUGAGUAUGACCUCUGCGUUGCUAUUCUUCCCGCCGCUUCCCACCUCAAGGUGGAACUGCGCUAUUGGUCGACGACCGUAUCUGAGGAAUAUGCUUCGGAUAUUCUGGAUCGCCUUUUCAGCCAGCUGGAACAAAUUGUGCAUCAUGCGACCAAGCCAUUGAGUGUCAUUACUGGCAUUGGAUGA